CCUGCGCAUGCUCAAUAGACAUCUCGGCGUAAGCGUACAAUGUGAAAUUAAUUAGUUUUCACCUAUUAUAAUUUUGUCAGUGAGUAACAUACAUUUCUUUAUUUUCGAAUUAGCAAUUUGUCCGAUAUGGCGGAACUAGAAAGGACUUCGUGUUUUGAUGAAAGUUUUCAUGUAAGUUCACGGUUCUGCAGUCUCAAACUUCUUGGCAGUGGCUCCACCGGUCUUACAGUCUCCGCUCUUGACACCGAAUGUGACAAGAGUGUUGCUAUCAAGAAAGUCCUGCUGAACAACAUGAAAGAUUGGAAAUCGGCGGUCAGAGAAGUACGCAUUUUACGCCAACUCGAGCAUGAUAACAUCGUCAGGAUAUUUGAUGUCUUCUUACCGACAUCAGAAGACACCGAUAUGAAACUUCGGGAACAGGUCUAUAUAGUUCAGGAACUCUGCGAUGUCGACAUGAAACAAGUUAUUAAUAGCGAAUGUAUGCAGCCAGAGCAUGUCAAGCUAUUCACAUAUCAACUUCUUCGCGGACUUAAGUACUUACAUAGUGCAAACGUUGUACAUCGUGAUCUAAAACCAAGUAACCUUCUCAUUAACCUUGAAGAUUUAACGUUAAAGAUUGGAGACUUUGGCCUUGCACGAAUUAUAGAUCCCCAUUAUUGUCAUAAGGGUCACCUGACAGAUAACAUAACAACGCGGUGCUAUCGAUCACCUGAGUUGAUGCUGCAUCCACAAGAGUACUGUAAAGCGAUUGAUAUGUGGGCAGCGGGAUGCGUCUUAGCCGAGAUGUUGACUGGAAGGAUUCUGUUUGCGGGAGAACACGAUUUGGAGCUAAUGGGACUUAUCUUAGAUUCUAUACCGUUGACUGAGUCAGACAUCAAUGAUAUCAUUUGUACUUUACCAAGCAAACUGUUAAAGAAUUAUAAUGGGGUUGCAAAGCGCCCUCUAUGUGAACUAGUUCCAACUAAUGACAAGCAAGUUUUGCAUCUGUUGCAGAGAUUGCUAGCCUUCAGCCCUUAUAGCAGAUUCUCUGCCAAAGAAGCAUUAGCACAUCCCUACUUAAAAGUGUUCUCAGACCCUCAAGAUGAAAAGUUAUCAGAAAAACUAUUUAGAAUUGAAGACGAAGUGAUAAGUCUCUCACCAAUGACUUUGAGAAAAGUGAUCCUGACAGAAAAUAUAAGUAAGAAUAGCAAGGAGUUGACAAGCGACGAACAUGAUGUUGAUAGUGCAUUUCAAUUGAAACUGCAGAAGUCAAGUAAUGCUAGGCUGUUGAAGUCUGAGGUUGACAUGCAGGAAAGGUUCAGCGAUUUUGAAAAAGAUAUUGAUGAGUUAUGCCGGGAUGAAUUUGAAGAAGAUGAGGAUGUCAUGAGUGAGAAGGAGGACUUGUCGGAGAAGAGUGAAUCUAGUAAUAAGGAAUGUGAUGAACUUGCAAAAACCGAUGAUGAAAUGGAAUGGAGUAAUGACCAGGAGAUAGAAACCAAAAUUGAAAAUGGUGAUAAUCUAGCCGAGCCUAUGAAGAUUCAGUGUGAGGUACAAAAACAUGAUGAUGAAAAAGGAGAUAUUGAAAUCAACACGGAGGUCAGAGUCCCAGAAGAAAUAAUAGAGAAGAAUUAUCAAACAGAUGAAGAAAGAAAAGCUGCUCGACUUAAAUUGUUUGAAAACAGAAGAAUGGAAAAACCUGAGACUGGUUUACAGAGUCAGACACACAUAAUAUACAAUAACAAUUCCGAUUCUGACAGUGACAGGAGCAAUAACGAGGAAGGUAAAUACAGUAAAAACGAAUGUUUGUAUGUAAAAGAAAAAAGUAAUAAAGAGAAAGAAGAAAAUAAUCAGCUAAUCGAAAAACAUAUACAAGAAGUCAGGUCAGGACAAAUAGUUGAUAUGACUGGUACAUAUCAUACAGAAUUACUAACAGAAAACAAACGAGAGGUUAGUCUGGAAGGUAACAGAGUGGAGAAUAGGUCUAGAAAGUGGGUUCUAGAAAAUUCUAUGAAAAAUAAGGGCAAUGAACAGAUAGUUGGCGAGCAAACCGAAAAGGCAUUUGUUGUAGAUUUAAAAAAUAAUAAACAAAGGACAGGAGAAGAAAGUGUGCGGCAGAAACACAAAAGCAACUGGAGUAAUACCAAUGGCGGUAGCGUAGUCAAUCGCGAAAAAACACUUGAUGCUUGUCUUUCACCGAGAAUUGAGCAGAUUCGCAUUCAGAAUGCACCCCCAAGAUCAUCUGACAACUGUUGUUUAUCAGGAUCUGGUGCUGAUAUUCAUCCCAAAGAUUGCAACUGUACCGCAUUAUCUAAAGUGAACAGGAAACUAAAUGAACGUUUAAAGCAGAAGUAUGCUACACGUCACACAACACUGUUCGACUCCACCUGUUAUCGAUCUGACGUGUCUCAACCCCUCCAUAUAGAAAUACCCAUGCAGCCAUUUCUAUGCACCAGCCCUUCUAGAAUAUCAAAGAAUACGUCUCCAAAAGAUAGAAGUGUUCGUCCUAAAAGGAAACGGUCCUCUCCAAACCAUAGAAGCAAGAAUCAUUGAUCAACAGUUAAUUACAAGUGCAUUUAUUGUGUGUACAGUAUGCAUUCUACACUAGAUAGCUAAACAAAUAAUUAAGGGGUGGCUCACAGAAGCUGAUGUUAUACUCUUUUCACAUAGUAUCUGAAUUGCCCAUAUAUGGCAUUACGAUGUCAUCACAUCCAUAUACUGUAUGUGCAAAUCACAAAAUUUAUAGUGUGGACAGAGUGCAUACUCAAUGUGUACUUUUCUUCAGUGAGAAUGUAUAGAGUACCACAGUCGUGUCGUCACAACACCAGGUUGCGCCCUCUGUUGCCAACCAAACAUUGGUUACCGUUCAUUACACCUGAACGACUUCAUAGGCUUCCUGGAAUAGAAAGAAUGAUACCCUAUGCAGUGUUAUGAUUUUAGAAUAAAAACUUGUGAAAUUAAUCUGUGCUGUAAAAACAACUUUUCCUGAAUUUGUAAUACUGUUUUUUUCUGGAAAUGUAACUGUAGAAAGGCAUACGUCAUCUGCCCAUGCGUAAACUUUGUAUCACAUGGUAUUUCUCAGUUGUGUUUUGUUUAUAAAAUGUGGUACAUGAUGCUGCAUGCUUCGCACAGUUUGUUGUUAGUAGUAAUUACCAAUAUCUUUAGCUCAAUAGGGUACCACAUUUGUGUCGUCACAACGCCAGGUGGCUCUCUCUGCUGUCAACAGACGUUGGUUACCGUUCGUUACGCCUGAAUGACUUCAUAGGCUUUCUGGAAUAGGCAUUUUGAAAUCUAAUAUUUUACCAUCAAAAUGUACUAAAAACACAAAAGCUCGCAUUAUAUUAGUUAUCGAACACACAUUUAAUCAUCAAUUAAAAUUUACAAAGAAAAACUAAGAUACAACAUUAAUAAUUAUGUUAGAAAUUGGGAUCAAUUGUUUUUCAGUGGAGAAAAUGGCAUCCGGUGUAAUGUAUUUUGCAACGAUAGGAACGGAGUAGUAUCACAUGGUAUUUUGACAUAACACUGUAGUACUCUAUUACUGUAUGCUCUGUACCAAUUCAGCAAAUUAAUAGAUGGAUUCUGUUGCUCAAUUGAUGGUUGGUCCAUGUGACCAUUACACUGGUCCAUGUGACCAUUACACUGCUUAAGCAGUAUAAACAUCCAAUUGUUAUUAUCUAAUGAAGUCACUGAAGUUUUUUAGUGUCCAGCGACAGGGGCGUAUCCUAAUAUUAAUGCGGUUUGGGUGCUGGCUUGGCUUGGAAAUUUAAUCUUUCAUAUUUCCAAACGUCUCUACACUUGUUUUUACAGUGCAUGGAGACUUUUUGUAUUGUGCGCUUUAUAAAUUCAAAACCAUUUAACUACUGUAUUAUAUCUUUACUUAUUAUUUUUAUAUUAUUUUGUGUCAAAUUAUGUAUUUUUGUGUGAAGUUUAAUAACUGAUUGUAGCUUAGAAAUCUAAUACAGUAUGUUAGCCAAGGCCCUACUUAGAGUGUACCCAAACCAUUGGAAGAAAAUAAAAAUUCAGCACAAUGCAAUUAUGGAAUCUAUUGUAUCGAGCUCAGGGUUAUUACAAUUCAGGUUUCAUAUGAAUUGUGUCAUAUAUUAUCAUUGCCAUUUCACAAAUUUGUAUGCUAACUUAUUGUUUCCAAGUACAAUUAACUUUAGUUCCAAAAGGAAUUAAAUUUAUUUUUCUGUUUUCUGCUAACAUUUAUUCAGAUGUAUAUUAGUAUAGCAAGUAUAUUAAAAGGCCAACUCUAGCGUAUCUGCCAGUAGGGUCAUUCAGCUCAGUUGUUAGAGCAAAAAAAUAAAGUAAGAGUAUCUUUUGAACUGGCACAAUAUAUUUUCCUCAAAAGUUCAUCUUUUUAUAGAGUAUCACUGUUUCUCCGUACCAUGUUUAAAACCAUGUGUAUAUAUUUAUAUCUAAUAGAAUUUAUCUUAUAAUAAUAAGACCCUACAGUAAUUAAUUGUGAGACAAUAAGGUAGAUAGGUUUUAUCUAAAUUGUGGUGAUUUAUAUAAGCAGCAUUUUAUGCGAGUCUCAUCAAGGCUAUUAAUGAGAACAUUGUUGAAGGAAUAUUUAUGUGUAUUAUCAUAGGGUGAUGCAAUGGGAAAGAGAGGGGCACUACAUGAUCAAGAAUCAGAUAAUGUGUAGGUACUAGUGUUAUUAAUUGAUAAUGGGGAACUCUCCUUUGCAUGUCACUGAGCAUAGUAAUGGUGGUAUAUGAUGGCCUAGCUGGAUCAGGUAAAUAAUAAUAGCUAUUAUUAACAAAUAAGCAUCAGUUAUAUAAAGCAUUUCAUUCCAAUUAUAAUAUGCAGGUAAACAGCAGCAUUCAUGUCGAUUAACUAUAUAUUUAUGUUAAUGCUAUAUUUGUUGUUUAAAAUAUUGGAUAUAGUAUUAGAAUAGAAAGAAUACAUUUCAUUUUAUUCAGGAAUUAAAAUCACUAAACUUUCUUAAAUACAAAGCAAAAACAAGGAACAGAUAUAUAAUGAAGAACAAUUCUUUUUUUUUUUAAAUUAAAAUUUGUUGUUUUACAUGUCUUGAUAGAUUGAGGUGACAGUGAUAUAUUGAUAGACCUACUCAUAUAGUAUAUUUUUCUAUAACUUUGCUAUAUACAGAGUUAUUGAUCUAUUUAUGGAAAAAGGACGUUUACCUACAAGGAGUAUCUAAAUCUAACAUGGCUUUAUUAUUUGAAUUGAAUAUGAAAUAAAAUUUGAAUACGCUGUAUUAAAAAACAAAUAUAUUGUUCCAAACGUAGCACAUACCAUUCUAAUGUAUUGUAAAUAAAUCAAUAUAUACGUGUGUA